AUGAAGAUGAUCGCUGUGGUGAUGUUGCUGAUGGUUGGACUGGUUACCAGCAGCACGGUCUGUCCUGAUGGAAAUGAAUGUCCAGAUGACUACACCUGCUGCAAAACUCAGUCUGGUUAUGGAUGCUGCCCUGCACCCCAUGCUGUUUGCUGUGCUGAUGAGAAGCACUGCUGCCCAGAAGGCUACAUCUGCAACCUAUCGACGGGCCAGUGUGACAAAGCGGGACUGCCGUUUUUCAAAGGUCCUCUGCUGAGGCAGGUACCUGCAAAAGAGCCCGAGACCCUCCGCUCAGCUGCUGUCGGCUCCGAGAGCGUCUCUGUGUCGGUGGUCUACUGUGACAGCUACACUGUCUGCCCAGAUCGCACAACAUGCUGUAAGAGUCCUUAUGGACAAUGGUACUGCUGUCCAUACUCGAUGGGUUCCUGCUGUAGGGAUGGAGUCCACUGCUGUCCCCACGGUUACCAGUGUGACCCUACAUCCACUUACUGUCGGAGAGGAGGUUUCAGUCUGCUUGCCUCCCCACGUCUACCCUCCCAGAGGGUGGAGACCACUGAGGAGUAG